AUGACUAAAGGAAAUAAAAAUAAAAAGUCAGUAUGGGUACGAAAAAUAUUUCAAGAACGCAAAACUAAAGGAGAAUUCUAUUUAUUAGUCCAAGAUUUACGUUUAUUUGAUGAAGAAUUUUUUUUCAAAUAUUUUCGUAUGACUCCUGUUCAAUAUGAAGAACUUUUGACUAUGAUUGCUCCAGAGAUACAGAAGUCUUGCAUAACUCGGGAAUGUAUAGGGCCUAGUGAGCGACUUUGUGUAACACUCAGGUAUCUAACUACAGGAGAUUCUCAAACAACCAUAGGGAUGAACUUUCGAAUGAGCCCAACCACUGUUGGACGAAUCAUCUUUUCAACAUGUGAAGCACUGUGGAAAGUACUGUCAUUGGUAUUCAUGAAAUGUCCAAGCAAUGAGGCAGAGUGGAAGUGCAUAGCACAGGGGUUUGAAAUUAAAUGGAAUUUUCCACACUGCAUUGGUGCGCUUGAUGGAAAACACGUCGUGAUGCAGGCACCAGCUAACUCUGGAUCGAUGUUCUUUAAUUAUAACAUUGAUAUUGGUGACUCAGGACGGAAUAGUGACGGUGGUGUAUUUUCUUACAGUACAAUGGGUGAAUCAAUUAAGAAAAACAGUUUAGGCAUCCCUAGGCCCGAGGCAUUUCCUUCCACUCAAAAAUGCUAUCCAUUUGUCAUAGUGGCAGAUGAGGCGUUUCAGUUACAGCAAAAUAUCAUGAAACCGUACCCUAGACAAGCCUUGGGAAUAUCUGAGCGGGUAUUCAAUUAUCGGUUGUCUCGAGCGAGGAGGGUAAUUGAAAAUGCGUUUGGAAUUGUAGCAGCACGAUUUCGGGUAUUUCGUCGACCAAUUCACGCCAGAGUUGAAAUGGUUAUUCAAGUUACAAAAGCAGUAAUCGCACUGCACAAUUAUCUUAUGGCUGAAAGGUCUUUUUCGCACAGCACAAAGUACUGUCCAGCUGGUUUCGUGGACAACGACACAGAAAACGGAAGAGAGCUUGGAGAAUGGAGAAAAGUGACACAAUCAGAUGAGGGUUUAAGAGAUGUCAGCAACGCUGGGUCAAAUAACUACUCUCGUGAUGCAAAGCUUGUUAGAGAAAAUUUUAAAAACUACUUCAUGUCCCCAAAAGGACAAGUACGCUGGCAGUGGAACGCAGUACAUGCUACAGUAGAUUGUUUUCAAAACGACGAUUAA